AGUAUUCUAACCUCUCCUCUGUAUUUAACGGGCACCGAACGACAACGUCCAAGCGAGAAUCGCUUCUCGUCAAAGUCCUCCUAAGAUGAAUCACUUCCUCUUGUAAACCACGUCGACGAUCCGCUGAAAAACGUCUCGCGAGUACUGCGAUCUCCCGAUAUAUUAACCAGCAGAAACUGCACCGCGGUUUCAGUCGUCGCCGAUCAACAAACACGAAUAGAACACGGCCGAUCGCACACCAUCUUAUCGCCGUUAUCGAGCACCGAAUUCUGGUCCUAGCUGCCAGGACGAACUUCCAGUUCCUGGGCGACUUUGAUUCAGCCUAGCUACCAGUCAGCCUAGCUUCCAGUUCAUCGAGCAUUCACGCAUCAGCCUAGCCUUAAUCUACGAGCUACCUAAUUUCCUUCUUUGCUGGAGCCACGAAGUUGCGUAAACAAGAUGGAGAACGAAGACGAUAGCAGUGUUAUGGUCGAGUUAUACAUAUAUGACUUGUCGAAGGGCAUGGCUGCCAAAAUGUCCAGAACUGUCAUAGGUCGACACGUGGAAGGUAUAUGGCAUACCGCUAUCGUCGCUUAUGGGAGGGAAUACUAUUUUGGACCAUAUGGGAUUCAGACUGCCAGACCUGGUGGCACGGUGCUAGGCGAGCCGGACAAGGUGGAAAGUCUCGGCGUCACUUACCUGUCGUACUCCAUCUUCCUCGAGUACAUCAACGGCCUGGGGACGUUCAAGUUCGCCCCAGGAACCUACAACUUAUUCAAGCACAACUGCAACUGUUUCACAGAAGAAGUAAGCAACUUUCUGGCCGGCAAAGGUAUUCCAAAGUACAUCCUUGAUCUACCAGAAGAAAUCCUCCAAUUGCCUAUUGGACAAGGGCUGAGAACGCUGAUAGAGACUCUGAGCAGCAGUCCAAGUGGAUCGGCACUGUUUACAGUUGGUGCAGCAUUCUUAACGACGCGAAAUCAGAGGGAAGUCUCGCCAGAGUUUGAGCUUUUAAAUGAGGCCAUUGAGGAAGCACGAUUGAAUUCAAUUGCGUUGGAGGAAAGAAGGAACGAGCUGAACGAGAAGCUAGCCAAAGAGGACAGGAAGAAGAAGAAAAAGAAGAAGAAGGAGAAGAAACACAAGAGUAGAGGAGAGACACACUCCCCGGAAACGAACCAUAUCAGUGAUACAAACAGUACUGGGCCCAGCAAUUGUUCAGAAAUGGCGGAAAGCGAAGCUGCACCGCAGAUCAGCGAAGCUCAAUUGUUGAGCUUCGAAGAAACCCCGGAAUCCCUGCCAGCAGAGCCCCCUAUAGUGUUCAAAGAUUUGGUGGACGUGAAAGCGGAGUAUGACACCCUGAACAGUUUAGUAACUGAGAAAUUGAAUGAGGAUGAGAAGGAGUGCAUGGACAAACUAAGGCAGUAUGUUUUAGAGGAUGAGGGCUCCUGGGCUCUGGGAGACAAUUUCCUAAACUUUGUAGGUCGAAUUCUGGAGGAUGAGACGAUACCAAGCAACGCAAGAGUAAAAUUGUUCAACAUACUUUCUGUUGCUGCGUUGAAAGACGACGUGAUUCUUCUGCUACACCAGGACAGGCGGGAACAUAUCAUUAUGAACUAUGCUUACGAUUUUGACCUGCAUCCUGCGGAAGAACAACUGGCUCUCACCCAAUUUUUAACAAACCUGUUCGAGAAUCUCAGCAGCUCCGAGUGGCUGCUGUACAUAUCAUUAUGGCAGCACAAGAACCAAAGCAUCAGCAACAUCAGAGUGACAACGAAAGUGGCGAUACACGCGUUGCUCUCAAGCUCAACAGACUUACAGGCACGCGGAUCUGCCAUCAUUCACAAUCUGGCUUGCAAGGAGAAAAUGCACAAAAUGAAAAAUCUGCGGCAGCUUUUACCGAAAGGCAGCAUUUCUAAGGUGUUUGACGACGUGGCUGCUGAACUGACAAUGGCACUGUGCCAAUACUUCAAUGGCACACCUGAGGAAGAGCAGCUGUUCGUUUGCAUGAAGUCGUUGGCUCGUUUGACACAGGUCAGCUGCCAUUACGUGCCCAUGAUCAUCAAAAUGGUUGGCCUGAAACCGACCAAGUUCCGGGGAACGUCAGAGAGAGUUGAUGAACAGAUUGACCUGGUGAACAAGAGAUUGACGUAAAUGGCAGGAAAAAUGGCAGCAAUGUGCCAAACCAGCGCACCAAACGAUCUUAUUACUAUUGUGUUAUAACUGAAUUUUUACAUAGAGAUUUUAUCAAAAAUAAAUUGAAUAUAAUGUAUUAGUAUUACGUUUAUUAAUUAUUAAUUAUUGUUGUCUCUUAA